AUGGACGUGCCGAUAAUUGACAGGUUGAGACCUCGCAAAGGCCGGUCCACUCAGUCUCAGAAUGACGAUGUAGCAGAUCAAACGCUAUCCAUGGCUGGAGGGACGCCUCCUACGAAGACUCCCAGAAGAGCAGCGGGCAAAUUGACAACCACACCCAAGACCACUGCAAAAGUCACUAAGAAGGUGCAAGCUAAAGGAAUAUCGAAGGCCACCACCACUCCUUCGAAGGUUCUCCGCAAGUCUGUCGUAGAGAAGAAGAGAAAGUGUCCAGCCAAAAAGAACUCAACGAAAGAUAGGACCCUCAAACCCGACCCGGCUGAGCAAAGCGACGAUGAGGCUGAAUCAACCGUACAGCAGAAAUCCACUCCUGCGAAGCCCAGCCCUGAGGCUUCAUUGAAAAGGGUAGGGAGACUAUCCAAAACUCCAGUCAAAGAUGGUGCCUACCAACCAGACGAGGACGAGUCGAACGAGGAAGCAUCUGCGAAACCCACUAGAAAACCACGGUCGACCAAGAAACCGAUCAGAAAGGCGGCGCCGAUACCUUUUGUUCCUAUCCCUGAACAUGAGGACUCUGCAAAGACACACCCGCCGCCAGAAGAAGGCCCAAACAGAAACAGUACACGCGUCAAGGUCACUUUGAAGGUAAAAAAGCCUGCUUCACCUGGACUGGCCACUCCACACCCUGGGCGCCAUUCAACAUCCAGCGAUCUUCGUAGCAGCCCGGACACAUUCCACACUGCAAGCCCAGCGGCACGAUCUGACGGACCGAAUCUGAGCACAGAAUCCCCACGGCCAUCAGCAAGUUUUUGGACUUCUGCAAAAUCGCCCAAGCGCCGUUCUCCAGACAAUCAAGAUGACGAUGGCAAUGGCUAUCCUCGGUCUCCCAAGCGUGCAAGGUCUGUGAAUGCGACGACUGCUUCAAGUUCACUCCCCAAACGUGGUACCUCAACGCAACCUCGCCAGGGUGGUGGUGAUUAUCUCACGAUCGCCGAUGCCGAUCGCUUGUUGGAAGAAAUAACGGUCAUGCCCAGGAAGCUGGAGCUGGCCGAGAUCGCAGCGCUGUUCGUUUGUCUCCAGGAGAAGUGCAUCCGGUUCUCCCAGCUACACUUCAACUACAACCUGACCGAAGACCAACAGGCGGUGUGGCCGUUGCAUCAGCUCGACGAAGAAAAGUACCGAUCCUUCUUUAACAUGGCCCGGUUCCUUGUAGACGCCAACCACUGCGGCUGGAGAGAGUUCUUCACGAGUCGCAAGCACCGCGUGCCUUUUGUCCACGGAGUUCUCGGGGAACGGUUCAAGCACAACAUCUUCAAGAUUCCCGGGUUCGGCCUUGGUCGGGACGAAGUCAACAAACUGGCCGAGAUUGAUCGUAUGUACAUCAGAUACGACGCCGUUGUCCGGAGCAAAGUGCGCGCCGAGUAUCUCGAGGCACUCAAGUUUGACAAGGCCGAAGACUGGGCUACCUCUGUGGACGUCGACGAGAACGCUGGCAACAAGGGAGAUAACGCUGCAGUGAAACCACCAACACCGGCACCGGGCACAUCAGCUCAUCGUUCAGUUCCCUCCGGAUCGUCGUCAGAAGCGUCCGACCCAAAAGUGAACCACUUCACAACAAAGUACGCUGCCAGUCUCGACAAUGACGCGACCCAGCUCGCCUCCCAGAUCAUGGAACAGCUGGAACUGGUCCUCCCUCCUCCCGUCUUCGAUCCACUCCGUCCUCACGAUCCACAGACGUUCAGCGAGAAAGCCAGACAGGCCUCCUUCCGCCGCUUAAUAGAGAGUGAUCUGAUCACUUUGCUCAAGUACAUGGGCGGGCUGUCCCUUUCGAUCAGGCUUACCGGUAUCAACGGCACGAUUAUCCGCCUGGCGGAAGCGUACCCAAAGGGAAGCGAAUACCACCUGGCCGACUCGGUGGACAACAUCUGCGUCAACUCAACCUACUGUAACCUCACGUGUCCCGACACUCCCGCGACGCUGCGCAUCUACAUGACGUGCUGGUGUAGACUUGAAGGGGUCGUUCCUCACGGUAAGAACAGAUUGGAACUGGAAAGGUUUCAAACCGAACACCAGGAUCCAGACGGUCUCGAGGAAUUCACCUGGGAACAAUACGAAGAGGAAGUCUUCCCUCCGCUUCCGUAUGAAUUGCAAACUACCCCCGAGGGUCGUGCCGCCGUUGCAGACUUGCCCAUUGUUGCCGGUACCGAAUGGGACGUUUCCAUGGCUCAGGCGUCGUGGUCGGACAAUGAGCGGCGUCACGAUCACGUCUUUGAGGGAGAUGACGACGACGACGACCACGAUGACCGCCGGAACAAUCCCAGCAAACGACGAGCCCCAGGUCCCGAAAGAGGCUGUUUCGUCACAUACUACAACAAAAUCGCUCCGACGAACGUCUACUGCGCAUGGACACCCAAGGCUUCUCGGCCUACCAAGUUUCCAGACGUGGGCGACAACGACGACGUCAAUGUGAAUGACGAUGGUGCCAAAGUGGAUGUAACGCUAGAAUCCGCCAUUUUCCAUGCGAAACUCGACCGACAAGACCGCCAAGGAGACGGAAGAGCAGGUGCUGAGAAUUCUUCUCACAUAGGGUCCACGAUAGACUUGAUCCGCGAAUACCACGUCGGCGAAUGGCUCGUCGCGAGCUCCGUGGCCGGCGGUAUAUUGGCGUACGUGGUCUCCGCGGCCAACCGAGAAAGUCUCGCACCGAAUCUUGUUUUCUUCAGCAAUGGCAACGAGAACAACAAGAUGGUGUCGUCGGCAGCAUCGGCAGCGGUCGUCAGACGACUAUUACGAACCGUCCCAUCGUCUGUCGUCAGGAGUGUGAGCGACGCGCUGGGGCUCACGGUGGCCGCGGCACGGGAGUACAUCGUAACCGUACUCGCGUGGGCACAACAUUUGGAACAGCGCACCGUUCAGGGUGUGCGCGACGUUGCCGCGGAUCUGAGUAGGUCGGUCGCCUUGAUGAGUGCGUCACGGUCGCUUGCGGCGUCGAAUGCAAAGUCCGGCGUGAGCACACCUACGUUUGUCGAGGUCACGACUUUGUCUACACCUGAGUACCUGUAG